AUGCAGAUGCUCACAAAGUUUGAGUCCAAGUCCAAUAGGGUCAAGGGAAUCGCUUUCCAUCCCAAGCUUACCCUUCUAGCAGCAUCACUUCAUUCAGGAAGUAUACAAAUGUGGAACUUUCAGAUGGGAACAUUAGUCGAACGAUUUGACGAACACGAUGGUCCGGUUCGUGGGAUUGCCUUUCAUCCAAGUCAACCACUCUUCGUGUCAGGUGGCGAUGACUACAAAAUCAAGGUCUGGAAUUACAAACAACGACGGUGUUUGUUUACCUUGCAUGGUCAUCUCGAUUACGUUCGAUCAGUCUCAUUUCAUCGUGAACAUCCAUGGAUCCUUUCUGCCUCUGAUGACCAGACAAUUCGGAUAUGGAAUUGGCAAUCUCGUCAAUGUAUUGCUAUCUUGACCGGUCAUAAUCAUUACAUUAUGUAUGCCGAGUUUCAUCCCAAGGACGACUACAUCGUAUCUUGUUCGAUGGACCAAACUGUCCGUGUAUGGGACAUCACCGGUCUUCGAAAGAAAACUACGACGGCUCAGCCUAUGUCAUUCGAAGACCAGGUCCAACGUGCAAAUUCAGGCCAAGCAGACUUGUUUGGUAAUACGGACGCGGUGGUCAAAUACGUCCUCGAAGGGCACGAUCGUGGUGUGAAUUGGGCCACUUUCCAUCCUACUUUACCUUUGAUCGUCUCAUGUGGUGAUGAUCGACAAAUCAAGCUUUGGAGGAUGAGUGAGACCAAGGCUUGGGAAGUAGACACUUGCCGAGGGCAUUUCAACAAUAUCUCUGCCGUCUUAUUUCAUCCUAAACACGAACUCAUCAUCUCUGACUCUGAAGAUAAGACGAUAAGGGUUUGGGAUAUGAGCAAAAGAACAGCAGUUCAGACUUUCAGACGUGAAAAUGAUCGAUUUUGGGUGCUUACUGCACAUCCCGAGUUGAAUCUCUUUGCUGCUGGUCACGAUACUGGAUUGAUUGUUUUCAAGUUGGAUCGCGAACGUCCAGCGUUUAGUUUACAUGGCAAUACACUUUUCUACAUCAGGGAUAAGUAUGUAAGGGUUCAUGACCUCGCUACUGGGUCUGACGUGAGCGUGAUCAGUGUGAAGAAGCUUGGGAGUCAGUACGUUCAACCUCGGACACUGAGCUACAAUCCUGCUGAACGAGCUGUGCUAGUCACUUCGCCUGCUGAGAACGGUAUAUACGAGUUGGUGCACUUACCUAAGGAUAUGGCUGCAGGAGAAGUCCGAGACUCAUCAUCUGAAGGCAAGCGUGGAACCGGACACGCCGCACUCUUUGUAGCCAGGAACAGAUUUGCGGUCCUGGAUAAAACUUCACAAACGAUUGAGAUCAGAGAUCUCUCAAACUCAGUUACAAAGACGAUCAAAUGUCCAACUCAGACAAAUGAUAUCUUUUAUGGUGGUACUGCAAGCUUAUUGCUCAGCACUGCUACAUCUGUCAUUCUUUUUGACAUUCAACAACAAAAGACGAUUGGAGAAAUUACGACUCCACCUGUGAAAUACGUAGUCUGGAGUAACGAUGGAGCUAUGGUGGCCUUACUUAGUAAACAUACCAUCAUGAUCGCCAAUAAGUCACUGGGUCAAAGUAGCCUAAUCCACGAGACGAUCAGGAUCAAGUCUGGGGCUUGGGAUGACAGUGGUAUCUUUGUCUACUCAACGCUCAACCACAUUAAAUAUGCUUUACCGCAAGGAGACAAUGGGAUCAUCAAAACUCUUGAUCAACCUGUCUAUUUGACUCGAGUGAAAGGCAAGAUGGUACACUGUCUUGAUCGAAAUGCUAAGCCCAAAGGCAUCCCAAUCGAUCCUACUGAAUACCGAUUCAAAUUGGCAUUGAUCCGUAACAACUAUGAUGAGGUCUUGCACAUCAUUCGAACUUCUAACUUGGUUGGACAGAGCAUUAUUGCUUACCUUCAGAAAAAAGGCUUCCCAGAGAUUGCUUUACACUUUGUGCAAGACAAAACCACGAGAUUUGAUUUGGCAAUCGAGUGUGGAAACUUGGAUGUUGCUUUAGAGACAGCUAAAGCCAUCGAUCGACCAGAGUCAUGGACUCGAUUAGGUCAACAAGCCUUAAAACAGGGAAAUCAAAAAAUUGUGGAGAUCUCGUAUCAACGUACCAAAAAUUUCGAUCGAUUAUCAUUCCUUUAUUUGAUUACCGGUAAUGAAGAAAAAUUGGCAAAGAUGUCAAAAAUUGCAGAAAUGAGGGGUGAUCAAAUGUCUAGAUUUCAUAAUUCACUUUAUUCUGGAAAUGUGGCCACAAGAAUCAGUGUAUUGAAAGAUGUUGGAUUAUACCCCCUAGCGUAUUUAACUGCCAAAUCCAAUGGAAUGGAAGAAGAGGCCCAAGAAAUUUUGGAAGCGACUGGCAUGAAUGAAGCCGAGUUAUCAGCCCUACCACAGCCAAAGGGUGACAAGCUCACUCUGCCACGUGUUGUGACGGCCACUUAUGAUUAUAACUGGCCUUCAGUCGGUACCACUGAAAGUUUCUUCGAUCGAGCUUUGACCCAAGCCUCGGGUAUGGAUGCCGAUGCUCGUCCGGUGGAAGGAGCAGAUGCCACUGGUCAUGGUUCAGCGGAUCCAUUAGAUGAUUGGGCGGCGGAUAUGGAUGGGGGUGCUGGAGUGGCAGCGGCCGAAGAGGUAGAAGAGGCAUGGGAUUUGGCUGGGGAAGACUUACCGGCCGAAGUAGCGGAUCUCAACUUGGGUUCUGGAGACGAUGUUGAAGGGACUGAAGGGGAAGAUGGGGCCGAUGGUGAGGUGAAGGCUGGAAUUAGCGAGUCUGAGCUAUGGGUGAGGAAUUCGCCGCUGGCGGCUGACCAUGUGGCUGCAGGUUCCUUUGAGACGGCAAUGCAGCUUUUGAACCGACAAGUAGGAGCGGUAGAGUUUGGACCUUUGAAGUCGCUUUUUAUGUCCACAUAUCAAUCAUCGAGGGCAUACUUGUCAGCAAGUGCCUCAUUGCCACCGCUUGAAGUAUAUCUCAGACGAGAUCCAGAGGAUGUGAAUCCACGUAACGUGUUACCAGCGUUGGCUAGGAACUUGGAGUCGAUCACCCGACACGAACUAAAGGCGGCAUAUGCACAUUUCCGUAAGGCUGAAUUCAAUGAAGCUUCAAGUCAAUUCAGGAGCAUUUUGCAGUCUUUGUUGUUGGUUGUGGCUAAGGAUGAAUCAGAAAUCAAUGAGCUUUCAGAAUUAGUCAUCACUUGUCGAGAAUAUCUCAUUGGACUUUCACUUGAAAUUGAACGUCGAAGAGUAGCUGCUGAAGAACCAACGAAUAUGAAACGUCAAUUAGAAUUAGCAGCUUACUUUACACAUUGUCGUUUACAAUCUGUACAUCUUGUUUUAGCGUUACGAUUAGCUAUGACCACUUUUUCCAAAGCUAAGAGUUAUGUUACUGCUGCUACAUUUGCUAAGAGGUUAUUAGAAUUAAAUCCGGCUGCUAAUGUGGCUACUCAAGCUAAACAAGUUUUAGCAGCAGGAGAUCGAAAUCCAAAAGAUGCGAUUGAGAUAGAUUAUGAUCAAUUCUCAAGUUUUGAUAUUUGUGCAGGAUCAUUAACACCGAUUUAUAAACAACAAACAGGAGAAGGAGGGUUUGUAGAAGAUCCAUUUACAGGAGCCAGAUAUCGAAGUGAAUUCAAAGGAACAGUUUGUAAAGUUUCUGGAAUUACUGAAGUUGGGAAAAAGACUAGUGGAUUAAGAUCCAAGAUUUGAUGGAUAUGAAAUUAGUAUAAUGUGUUUAUGAAUAAAAUUCUUCAAGACCCAGAUUAUAUAGAUGGUUCAAGAGAGAGAGAGGAUGUGAGGAGAGUAGGACAUUUUGGAAUAGAGAAUGGUAGGUGAAUAUAGUGUAAUGAUCAGUACAGAUGUGUAGACUGGAGCAAUUUGAUUUGAAAUCGUUUGAAAAACACUAAAGCUGAGAGUCAGAUAACGAGGUUCAAGUUUAUCAAAUUUCUUGUUACCUGACAUUCAUUGCCAAUGAGAUAAAGAUUUUAAAUGCAUUCUAUCUAGAGAUCAAGACAGAUUUUUAGGGAUGGAGGAAAUUUGUGUGAAUUUGAUCAAAGCUUUCAUAGUGCUACUUGUUCAGUGUAUGAUGAAGUCAUUUAUUAAGUUGAGAAAUUCAUCAGUUUCAAUGUAUUUAGAUUGUUAUCUUCCACAAGUCUUUGAAAGUUUUGUUUGCAUGCUUCUUUUUUAGUUUUGAAAUCUACUUUUUGUUUGGAUUCAUUU